CCAAGCUAACGUAUUUCCCCAACCUAAUUUUCUCUCUCAUCCUCCCUCUUCUCUGAUAUGUCUUCUCCUCCCUACACUUCGAUCACCAACUAAACUCCACCACUAGCUUCUGCUCCUUCACCCAUUCCUUCAAGUCGAGUUCGAUGUUGAUUAAAGGUUUGCAAUUCUUCACUCUUAAUUCUACAAAUUGUGUAUACCAUAACCCUACUUGAAAUUCGUAUUAUCCUUUUUGAUAUGGUUCUCAUAAGAUUGAUUGGGAUAACUGGUAACCCUACUUGAAAUUCGUAUUAUCCUUUUUGAUAUGGUUCUCAUAAGAUUGAUUAGGAUUACUGGGUCAGGGAUCCUUCCCUUGCUCAGGCAUAGUUACAGGUUGAAUGGGUUUGCACUAUCUAGAUCAUUUUCUGGGUUUCAUAAUAACAAUUGGCGAAAACCUGACCCAGAUGACCCUUUAAGCUUAAUGAAGGAAGAUGGGGUUGCAGUUUGCUCACACAUGUGGAUUGAGAAUUUCCGGGAGCCAGAGAAGAGUGCGAGCAAUUUGACUAGUUAUCUUAGGAAGUUUGAGUUGUGGGUAUUAGCCUAUCAGAAGGUAUAUGCCGAUGAAACUGGUUCAUAUUUGCCUCGACAUUCGAUACAAAAGCCGGCAUUAGAGGAUUUGUUGUCUCUUAGGAAUGCAGUUCUUGAUGAUAGGUUUAAAUGGGGUGCUAGGUUGAACUUUUAUAUCAGGUCACCUAGGGAUAAAACUGAGUAUGAGUCUUUAUCGAAAAGGAAGAUUAAGACAAUAUUAACCACCACACAGCCAGCUCCAUAUCAAGAUAGGAUUGUUCAGGAGGUUUUGUUUAUGGUUUUGGAGCCAGUUUAUGAGUCUCGGUUUUCGCAGAAGUCGUAUGCAUUCAGACCUGGUAGGACUGCUCAUACUGUUUUGAGGGUUAUUAGGAGGUCUUUUGCUGGGUAUUUGUGGUAUUUAAAAGGAGAUUUGAGUACUAUUCUUGAUGGCAUGAAGGUAGGGUUAGUUAUAAAUGCUUUAAUGAGGGAUGUGAGAGAUAAAAAGGUGAUUGAUUUAAUAAGAUCAGCAUUAGUGAUGCCAGUGAUUGAAACAAAGAUUGAUGAUGGUGAGAAACAGAAGAAGAAGAAAAGAAAGUAUCAGAAGAAGAAGGUUUUGGCAGAUGAUGAACCGAAACCUGAUCCAUACUGGUUGGAUUCCUUUUUCGGGUUUGCUCCAGAGGAAGCAGAGAAGGUUCCUUGUUGGGGUCAUUGUGGGAUUUUGAGCCCGCUACUGGCAAACAUAAUCCUGGAUGAAUUGGAUCAUUGGAUGGAGGGUAAGAUUAAGGAGUUUUAUCAUCCUUCAAAAAGCGAUGUUAUAUGGAAUUCUCCAGAAGGCGAAGCAGAGCAGGGAAAUACUUCAUGGCCUGAGUUUGUUCCCACUAGUGGACCAGAUAAAACACGGAAAAUGGAUUAUAUUAGGUAUGGAGGUCACAUCUUGAUUGGAAUUCGAGGACCUAGAGCUGAUGCAGCAGUAUUGAGAAAACAGUUAGUUGAGUUUUGUGAUCAGAAAUAUCUCCUCAAGCUUGACAAUGACAGCCUGCCUAUUGAGCACAUAACUAAGGGAAUUAUGUUUCUUGACCAUGUAUUAUGCCGAAGGGUUGUUUAUCCCACACUCCGCUACACAGCUACUGGUGGAAAAAUUAUCAGCGAGAAAGGUGUGGGAACCCUUUUAUCAGUAACAGCAAGUCUGAAGCAAUGUAUAAGGCAAUUCAGGAAAAUGAACCUUCUGAAGGGGGAUCGAGAACCUGAUCCACAGCCUUGUUUCAGAAUGUUUCAUGCCACUCAAGCUCACACAAAUUCCCAGAUGAACAAGCUGCUCUGCACUAUGGUUGAGUGGUACAGAUUUGCUGAUAAUAGGAAGAAAAUCGUUAAUUUUUGUUCGUAUAUUAUCAGAGGAUCACUUGCAAAGCUGUAUGCUGCAAAAUAUAAGCUCCGAUCACGUGCUAAGGUGUACAAGAUUAGUGAUAGGACCCUUAGUCGUCCUUUAAAGGAGAAAAAGGGGCUUUCACCUGAGUAUCAGAACAUGCUAAGGAUGGGUCUUGCAGAGUCUAUUGAAGGGCUGAAGUAUACAAGGAUGUCUCUUGUGCCUGAAACCGAUUACACCCCUUUUCCAGGUAACUGGAGGCCUGAUCAUGAAAAGGCACUGCUCGAGUUCCUGAGCCUUGAUGAUCCUAAGACCUUGGAGGAUCAGAGGAACUGCAUCAAAGAGCAAGGUCUAAUUUCACCGCAAGAUUACAUUUCUAUGCUUGUUUGGAACUACAAAAGAAAUGCUUCUCUAUCGGAUCAGCUCUCUUUGUUGAAUAGUGGUGGCAAGAACAUUCAAAGUUGUGAUCAGCUUGAGAUGGAGUCGAGUAAUGAGGACUGUGUUGAAAGAAGUGAAGACGAGGAAGAAGAUAAAGAGAGAAUUAACAUGGCACACGUGUGAGGUACCUUGGCCUCCGAGCUUUUUAAAAUGUCUUGAGCAAAGGAAGAAGUCAUGCUUGACAGGAUGACUUUUUGGAUUUUUAGCUAUCGCGGAGUAUUUGUGUUUGUAUAGCCAAUGUGAUAAAGAUCAGGGAGAUCACUGUACUGAAAGGAGUGACACUUAAAAAUGCGCAGUGUCAGGCAUGAAGAGUAGAUGAAAAUCAGAUUAAAGAUAACAAGUUACUAUUUCAGACUAGGGUGUUGGUGAAAGAUGAUUGUGAGAUCGUUCAGCACUGAAGGGAAGGUGUCUUUUAAGUUGUUGGUUUGUUUAAAGGUAGCUUGUCAGAUCAUACCAUAUGUUGCCUUCAAGAGGAGGAAUUGGUGGUUAGGAUGAAAGCAAUCAGAGAUUCUCUCUUCCUUUUUCUUGGAGCUUGAAUAAGGCGAGACACUCAGCUUAGUUGUGCAUGUUUAUCCGGAGGAAUGGAUGCAUCUCUUCAUGGCUGGUGGUGGAGGCGGGUCACUCGAGGAAAAAACUUCAGAGGGAAAACUGAUGGUGAGUCUCUUUCUAGGCAGUUUUGGGUCAUUUGUCUUUUUAACGUAUUGCACUGAACAUUGAGGGCUCUUGUUAGUUUGUGCACCGGCAGCACUAACCCAGAGUCUCUGUGUUUGUUUUCCUGCAUACAUCAGUGGAAAUUUAUACUGAGAUCUCUGCAUUUUAGGUGUUAUUGUGUUAAGCUGCAAGAUAUUUGAUCUGCAACCUAUGUGAACUAUACAUGAAUUGAACCAGUUAAUUUCAUUCGACAGAGUAGGUUAUAUAACAUAUGUUAGUCAGGUCAUUAGAUAGGAAUUGAAGCCUCACUUGUUUGGUUGAUAUUGGAAAGAAACAUUAGUAAAACUAGGCUCUUGAUGUACAGAAAUUCAUUUUCUUUGUUCGAUUCUGCUGGUUUCUUUGAUAA